AUGAGUGGAGACAACACCGCCUUCUUCUAUGGCACACUGAUGGCCCCUGAGGUCUUCUUCAGUGUCUGCUACGGAGACAAGAAUCCCCCUAAGGUCAUCAAGGACCUGCACACAUUCACUCCGGCUAUCCUGGAGGGGUACUGCCGCCACCGAGUUCAGUUCGCCGACUACCCUGGUGUUAUCGCGGAGAAGGGGCACACCGUUCUCGGCAUCUACGCUACUGGACUCACACACGCCAACGUCCAGAAGCUCGACAACUUUGAGGGACCCGAGUACACCAAGACGGCCGUCCAGGUUACGCUGGUGAAGAAGGAUGGAGACAAGACCAGCGAGGGUGAGCGCAAGGAGACCUCGGUCUACGUCUUUAACAAUCCCUCGCACCUGGAGAAGGUCGAAUGGGACUUUGAGGAGUUCCGAAAGGAGAAGAUGCAGUUCUGGACCCGCGGCGGCUGGGCGUUCGAUCCAGAUACGGCCGACCAGGUCCCCGACAACUAA